AUGAAGCUGCUGGGUGAGACGUCAGUGAUGGUGACCGCGGUCAGUAAGACCAAACCGGCCGCCGCUCAGUUCAUGCCGCUCGUGGUGGAUUACAGGCAGAAAUCUCGUAUGUUAGUAAUGCGCUCCUGUCUGAUGCUGUGUGUGUGUGUUUGUGCAGAUCGCUCCAUCAGGCCGCUGUUUCCCGCCGGAUACUUCUACGACACACAGGUGCUGUGCAACAUCUUAGCCGCAGAUGGAGUCAACGACCCUGACAUUCUGGCCAUCAAUGGAGCGUCUGCGGCUCUGGCUCUGUCUGAUAUCCCCUGGAACGGACCCAUCGGAGCGGUGCGUGUGGGCCUCGUGGACGGAGAGUUCCUCAUCAACCCCACGCGCUCAGAGAUGAGCGGCAGCAAACUCAACCUGGUGAUCGCCGGAGCCCCGUCCAGCCAAGUGGUAAUGAUGGAGGCGGCGGCGGAGAACGUCCUGCAGCAGGACUUCAGUCACGCGGUGAAGCUCGGCGUCAAGCACACGCAGCAGAUCAUCCUGGCCAUCCAGCAGAUGAGCAGAGACAUGAAGAUCAGCAAACGCUCUCCUGCCAGACUCUUCACCGCCUCCGCCGAGAUGCUGGACUACACAUGCCAGUUGGCGUCUGAUAAGAUCUACGCUGUAUUUACAGACUUCACACACGACAAGAUCUCCCGAGAUGAAGCGAUCAAUAAGAUCCGUCUGGAGGCGGAGGAGCACAUCAGAGAGAGGUUCCCGCAGUCAGAGUCCUUCGAGGUGGUGGAGGCCUUCAACAGCGUCUCCAGAGAGGUCUUCAGGAAUCUGGUUCUCAGUGAAUACAGGCGGUGUGACGGCAGAGAUCUGACGUCUCUGCGCAACAUUUCCUGCGAGGUGGACGUCUUCAAGCCUCUCCACGGCUCGGCUCUCUUCCAGAGGGGGCAGACACAGGUGCUGUGCUCCGUCACGUUUGACUCUCUGGAGUCCAGUAUGAAAUCAGACGCGAUAUCCACCGCGCUCAGUGGCGUCAAAGACAAGAACUUCAUGCUGCACUAUGAAUUUCCUCCGUAUGCCACCAAUGAGAUCGGGAAGAUGGGAGGAGCGAACCGGCGGGAGCUGGGUCACGGAGCGCUGGCGGAGAAGGCGCUGAGGCCCGUCGUUCCUCCAGAUUUCCCCUUCACCAUCCGCGUCACGUCUGAGGUGCUGGAGUCCAACGGCUCGUCCUCCAUGGCCUCGGUGUGUGGCGGCAGUUUAGCGCUCAUGGAUGCAGGUGUGCCCAUGUCCUCCGCUGUAGCCGGAGUCGCCAUCGGCCUCAUAUCUAAAGCCCAUCCUGAGAAAGCGUCAGAGAUCCAGGACUACAGGCUGCUGACCGAUAUUCUGGGAAUAGAGGACUACAACGGAGACAUGGACUUCAAGAUGGCAGGCAGCAGUAAAGGGAUCACGGCUCUGCAGCGAAGCACACACUUGGUUCAGACGGCGUGCGUGUGUGUGUGUGUGUGUGUGCGAGUGGGUGUGUGUGUGUGUGUGAUGAAGCUCUGCUCUUGCUCUCUGGCAGGUGUGACCAUCUCUCAGGUGGAUGAGGAGACGUUCUCUGUGUUUGCUCCGACGCCCGGCGCCAUGAGUGAAGCGCAGGAGUUGAUCCGAGCUGUCUGCAGAGAUGAUCAGGAGCAGCAGCUGGAGUUCGGAGCCGUGUACACAGCCACCGUCACAGAGAUCAGGGACAUCGGCGUGAUGGUGAAGCUCUAUCCCAACAUGAGCGCUGUGCUCCUGCACAACUCCCAGCUGGACCACAAGCGGAUCAAGCACCCCAGCGCUCUAGGACUGGAGGUCGGGCAGCAGAUCCAGGUGAAGUAUUUCGGCCGCGACCCCACGGAUGGCAGGAUGAGGCUGUCUCGUAAGGUGCUGCAAUCUCCGGCGGCGGCGGCGGUGAGGAGUCUGAGCGACAGACACAGCAUCUCUGUAGGAGCGUCCGGAGAGCAGAGCCCAGACUCAUAGAGCGGCUCACCUGCGCCUUACUGAACACUCUGUAUUUUAUAAUAAACGCUCUUAUUACACA